AUACGCUAAAUAACGCAUUAAACAAAGUAUUCGCAAAUGCAAAAAAUGUAUGCAAAUUAAAGGGGAAAUUACGCAUAAGAGAAAUUUCCCAAACACGUUCGGAGUAUUUCCUCGCACACCUACACACACAACACACACACACACACACCCGCACGCACAAUGGACGGCCUGCAAGCGGGCGAUGCGUGUGUGGAAUGCCUGAGUCAGGGCCUGAAUCACAAGCUGCGCUACUUUUACCUGAAUCUCGAGGAGCAGUUGCUUAAAUGUGAAUCCCGCACCUGCCUUUGGCCGCACAACGAUGCCGUCUCCUCCUCCUCCUCCGAUGAGGAGGGCGAGACGCAAUCGCAAUCCACGCAUGUUGAUGAUGAUGAAUUUAUUAAGCAGCUGCUCGAACAGCUGGCAACAGGCGAUGAUUCCACUGUGGACACCAACCCGAAUUCCGCCAAUUACAGCUGUGAUUCCAGCUCCAGCUUGACUCCAAACGCACCAUCGACCAGCAAUGACUGCAACAUUGAGGAUAUUCUCUCCAUGCCUAAUCACUGGGAAAGUGCGCAGCAACUGCUCUGCAGUGCAAAUGCCAAUAGUCCAAAGGCGUUCAAUCUCGAGCAAUGUGAUAAGCUUUCACCUGUUGCAGCAGCCACAAAAUCAACAACGGAACAGUCUAUGCCUGAUUUGCUAACGGAACCUGUUUGCAUAACGGAACUAAUAAGCUCGCCUUCCAAUGAGCCAGUUCCAGCUGCCAGCUCCAAACCCGAACCGGCAUUUGAGCUGAGCGCCAAAGCUGGCAACAUUGUCUACACGAUCUCCAUACCGCAAUCGGUGCAGCAACAGUCCAUGCCCAAACCCAAGAGUCCAACGAUUAAAGACACGCCAAAGCGGAGUUUCUUCCAGACGCCGCCCAGAAAGGCCUCCACACAGGUGCGCAAAAACCAGGAGCAACAGCCGCAGGCCACGUCCAGCUCGUUUGCAACGGCGCCCACCCAGACCGCGAGUCUGUUUCUGGAUGCACUGAAGCGUCCACCGACGAUGGCAACGAGGCGUCCACCACGCGGCAGGAAUCCAAAGCGACGCGAAAAUGCGCCCUCUGGAGGCGCACGAUUGCGUAUACAAGAUGUGAAGCAGACGCUGGAGCGCAUCGAGGCGGUCAGCAGGCAGAAGGAGAGCAAAACAGAAAGUGAAUCGGAACCGGAACUGGAGCAGGAAGCAAAAGCAAACGCAAAGCAAAUUCAUUGAGCGCAAGGAGAAAAACAAAUUUGGCUUUUUUAUUGUCUUUCGAAAUAAAUUCGCCCACCAAAAUUUGCAUGUGUAUCCGUGUGUGUGUGUGCGAAAUUUACAAACAAA